AUGACCUCUGAAGAUGACGACCGUCUCCCCACGCUCCUGGCCUCCCUUCCGCCCUCGUCAUAUUACUUCUCUCUCGAAUUCUUCCCCCCCAAAACAUCCUCCGGUUUCUCCAACCUCCAAGCGCGUCUUACUCGCAUGGCCGCGGCCUUGCGCCCUUUAUUUGUCACCGUAACAUGGGGCGCAGGCGGCUCUACAGCGACAAAAUCCCUGGAACUGGCCGAAGUAUGUCAACGACAAAUUGGGCUCACGACGGUGCUGCACUUGACCUGUACGAACAUGAAGAGGCAUAUGAUUGAUGAGGCGCUCGAGGGGGCAAAGGAGAUUGGGAUUAGGAAUAUUUUGGCGCUGAGAGGGGAUCUGCCUAGAGAAGAGUACAAGGAUACCACGUCCGCGGAUGAGAAUGACAGUGGAAGCGGUGGUUCGGGCACGGAGAGUAACAAAGAAUUUGCCUGGGCUGUGGAUCUGGUACGAUACAUCCGGCGAAAACACGGUGACUAUUUCGCUGUGGGUGUCGCGGGCUACCCUGAGGGCCAUGCAGAUGAAUCGCACCCGGAGCAAGGGAAACAGAGUGUCGAACAUGAUCUUCCUUAUCUUGCCGAGAAAGUCGCCGCCGGCGCAGAUUUUAUCAUGACGCAGCUCACCUACGACAUCGAGGCUUACGCCGCAUAUGAGAAGAGGUUGCGAGAGUACACCGACCCAGACGGCAAGAAGUUGUUUGAAAAGAUCCCUGUCAUCCCCGGCCUGAUGCCCAUCCAAUCCUACCAGAUCAUCAAACGAAUCACCAAACUUAGCCACGCGAAACUGCCCAGGAAAAUCUCUGAACGGAUUGAACGAGUGAAAUCGGACGACGAAGCGGUCAAAAAAGUCGGAGUCGACAUCCUCUCGGAGUUGGUGGAAGAGAUGAAGACGUUACCGCAGCCGGAAGGCCUUCCUCGAGGGUUCCAUUUCUACACCUUGAAUCUGGAGAAGAGUGUAUCGUUUAUACUCGAGCGGACCGGGCUGAUUCCGCUAAUCUCAAGCGAAGGGAGCGUUGACGGCAAAGAUGAUGAUUCAGUGUCUGACUCAGAGGUGGUUGUCGACGACAGCAAACAGGAUUCUCCGGCUGUCGUUACCACUGGACCUAUGAACAGCAGAAACGAAAAUGGACAGCAACCUACCAGCCUCCUGCGGCGCAGGAGAAGUUCUGUCAACGCCCAGCCUCACAACCGUGUGAUAACAGACCGGAGAUCCGACCCUCGAACACAAUCGCGCCGACCUGACUCAGACACUGACCCUCCUGGGGUGGGGCCGGGUCCAAAUCUAAAACUAGCAUCCCAACAUUCUGCAAGAGACCGCGGCACUGGCAUUCCAGCUGCCUCUCCCACCCGGCGGCAUAACCUGCUCAUCUCUGAAGGGCAAGGCUCUCUAGGUCGUGAAGCAACCUGGGAUGAUUUCCCCAAUGGCCGCUGGGGGCCCUCUCACUCACCUGCGUUUGGGGAGAUUGAUGGCUAUGGACCGAGUCUAAAAGUGAGUCCGCUUAUGGCGAGGAAGUUGUGGGGAUAUCCACGGAGCAGAGAGGACGUAACCGAACUGUUCAGACGGCACGUGUUGGGCGAGUUGGUGGGUGUACCAUGGAGUGAUGAUAUCGACACAGAUCUCUCCGCUCCUAAUGGGACACCAACCAAUGUGUCUCAGACCUCGGGCGCGCUACGUGCCGAGACGGACGUGAUUCGAUCUGAGCUCCUAUCCCUCAUCAGCAGCCAAAAUUACUGGACUCUCGCCUCCCAGCCCGCCGUCGACGGUGCCCCCUCAUCCGACCCUAUCUUCGGCUGGGGGCCUCCAGGUGAAGGAUUCGUCUUCCAAAAGGCAUUUGUGGAGUUCUUCUGUGGGCGAGAGGAGUGGGAGGAGAAGUUGCGGCCGCGCCUCAUGAAGUAUGGGAGUGACGUGGUCGGUUGGAUGAAGACGGACAACGAAGGGGUGUUCGAAAGUAGUGAGCUUGUAGCUCGGGAUCAGGCUCGAAACAAGAAGACAUCGCCGGUGGAUACCGAGAAAGAGAACACUAUCCCAGUCUCUACACCACAGCUAUCCAACCAGAAAUCCGCCACUACGACGUCUCCAGUGAACACGGUCAAUGCAGUGACAUGGGGUGUCUUCCCCUCCCGCGAAAUCCUCACCCCGACCAUCAUUGAGGCCGAAUCCUUCCGCGCCUGGGCCCAAGAAGCGUACGCGAUAUGGCAUGAGUGGAAGCGCUGUUUCCCUAGAGGAAGCCAGGAAGCUGGGUUUCUGGAGAAGAUGGGAAGGGAGAAUGUGUUAGUAAAUGUCGUGGGCCAGUCGUUCAGAGGGGGACAUGACGGCGGAAGAGGCGAAGGGGCUAGACUAUGGACGAUAUUGUUGGAGCCGGAUGAUGAGACCAAGUCAUAG